UUAUCAAUCGUCUCAUAUGUGCGUGUUUGUGUGUGACUCACCUGCGGACUUUGUCAAAGCUGGACAGAUGAGGUGGACCAUGAUCGACGCGAUGCAACCGUUUUCCUCGAGCCAGACGAUGGCGCAGGAGACGCCCACGAGCCUGCCGCCGGAGCGCACCUCGGCGUCGCCGCCGCAGCCGCCCACCACCACCAACACCCAGCAGUCGCGCAAUCUCACCUUCUCCAUCGCCAAGAUCAUGGAGCCGGAUCACAAGCGUCAACCUCCUCCUCCUCCUUCGCAGCAGCAGCUGGAGUCGUCGUCCUCGUCGUCGAGCAAAUCUCCGCCACCAGCUCCAGCCUCGGUUCAACAAAGACAGCAGCAGCAGCAGGCGAGUCUGAGCAGCUACUCGGCUCACCUCGAGUCGGCCUUCAAAAAGUACGUGCCCACCUUUCGCCAUCAUCAGAGCCUGCUGCAGUACUAUCCGCUGCUGCACUAUCACGCGGCGGGUCCGCUGCUCAGGUCGUUCCCCGCGGCGGACGCCGCGGCCACCACGAGACAUCAUCACCAACAGCACCAGCAGCACCAGCAGCCACCCCAUCAGCCACCGACGAGUCCGCAGAAAACUCCGACGUCGUCGUCGUCGUCGCCGCUGCGGCUGCUGGCCAACUCGAGGCUGUCGAGCGCCUCGCCGCCCCAGCUGCAGCAGGACACCUCGAGGACGUCCUCGAUGUCGUCGAGCUCGUCCUCGGAGGAGAUCCUGCUCAUGGACGCCAAGAGUCGGAUGCUCAACUCGCCGUCGAGCUCGCCACCGCUACCCUCGUCCUCGUCUUCAACUGCAGCCAACACCGGAUCCACCGUCAACGGCACCGGCGGCAAGCAGAAGACGUUCACCUGCAGCGAGUGCGGCAAGGUGUUCAACGCCCACUACAACCUGACGCGCCACAUGCCCGUGCACACGGGCGCCCGGCCCUUCAAGUGCAAGAUCUGCGGCAAGGGCUUCAGGCAGGCCUCGACCCUCUGCCGUCACAAGAUCAUCCACACGGCGGAAAAGCCGCACAAGUGCAUGACCUGCGGCAAGGCCUUCAAUCGCAGCUCGACCCUCAACACGCACACGCGCAUCCACACCAACGUCAAGCCGUUCGUCUGCGAGUUCUGCGGCAAGGGCUUCCACCAGAAGGGCAACUACAAGAAUCACAAGCUCACGCACUCGGGCGAGAAGGCCUACAAGUGCAACAUCUGCAACAAGGCCUUCCACCAGAUCUACAAUCUCACCUUCCACAUGCACACGCACAACGACAAGAAGCCCUUCAGCUGCAAGAUAUGCGGCAAGGGCUUCUGCCGCAACUUCGACCUGAAGAAGCACAUGAGGAAGCUGCACGACGCGGGCUCGCCGGUGCCGAUGCUGGGCCCCGUGGCUGCUGCCGCUGCAGCCGCAGCCGCCGCCGCAGCUGCUGCUUCGGGUGGCAAUCCUGCCUCGGGUGGCGGCCUGCAUCAUCAUUUACCACCGCCGCCUCAUCAUCAUCAUCAUCAUCAUCACCUUGCGGGGGCGUACGCAUCGCCACCCGGUGGCGGCGCGGCUAUUCAUCAUCAUCAGGGCCACGCCUUCGUCAGUCCGUUUCUGCUACCGCCGCCGGCGACGGCAGCGGCCAGCAGCUACUUGAGCAAGAUGUUGUGACGCGACGGCGCCGCCACGGUAGGUCUGCAGCAGCAGCAGGUUUAUAA